AUGGCUCGCCGACCGUACGAUAUGCUCUUCAAAUUGUUGUUGAUAGGAGAUUCCGGAGUGGGAAAAACGUGUAUUCUGUACAGAUUCUCGGAUGACGCAUUCAAUACGACGUUCAUUUCAACUAUUGGAAUUGACUUCAAAAUCAAAACAAUUGAGCUGAAAGGAAAGAAAAUCAAGCUUCAAAUUUGGGAUACAGCCGGUCAAGAGCGUUUCCACACAAUCACAACAUCAUAUUAUCGUGGCGCAAUGGGAAUUAUGUUGGUCUACGAUAUCACCAACGCGAAAAGUUUCGAUAAUAUCGCCAAAUGGCUGCGGAAUAUUGAUGAACAUGCGUCAGAAGAUGUUGUGAAAAUGAUAUUGGGAAAUAAAUGUGAUAUGAGUGAUCGACGAGUUGUUAGUAGAGAAAGAGGAGAGAAAAUUGCACAGGAUCAUGGAAUUCGUUUCCACGAGACAUCAGCGAAAUUGAAUGUACAUGUCGACACUGCAUUCUAUGAUUUGGCAGAGGCGAUUCUUGCAAAGAUGCCCGAAUCAACCGACGAGCAAUCCCGUGAUACAGUCAAUCCAGUGCAACCACAACGGCCAGGAAGCAGUGGAGGAUGCUGUUAG